GAGAAAGCUCUUCUACAACAAUGCUACACAAGCAAGCCCUAUAAUAUGCAGCACAGUAUAAGGAAAUCAGAAGCUGAGGAUGUUGCUGCAGAGAGGAGAAAACAGGCUGUAGUAGAACAAGUGAUGGUGGAUCAAUUAUCUAGAGCUGUUAUAAGUGACCCAGAGCAAUCCACAUGUGCUGAUGUUUACAAGGAAGCUCAUGGACUUCUGGAACCUGGGACAGCACCAAUGCGUUUUAGAAAAAGAACGCUGCAUGAAACGCAAAUAAGGACCAAAUCAGGAUUAACUGAAAACAUGCUCUCUAACAAGCUACGCUUUGAUAGUAGGAUUAUAUCGAGAAAUGGUCGCGAUGCUUGUAGAGAGUUGAUUGGAUUUUUUUUUGCAUGUGACAGAUCUCUUACUGUGUACGAAUUUCGACAGUUUGGAAAAAAUAGAACAAACGCCUUGCCUUUCAUUCAGAAGGGAGUUUACCAACAUCAACGUGGACCAAAAAAGGGAAAAGCAUAUGAUCUUAGUGACUUCUAUAUUGGAGCUAACCUAACUUUCCGAAGUAUUGAUCAUAACCUUCCAGAAAGUGUUAAGCAGAGCUCAGUUCUCACCCUUCGUGUGAUAAGUAUUGAUGAAGCAGCUAUGGAUUUUCUAAAAGCUUCUUCUAUGGAAUUCAAGCAAGAGCAUUCCAAGCAAGUGGUUGAUGACAGCAAAGUUUUCAAGAAGAUUCAAGGUAUACUCAAAGAGACACUAAGUAAACGAGGAGUUCGAGUUAUAACAGGCUUAGGAAAGUAUUUCCGACACGUAGACAAGAACAGAAAUGGUUUUCUCUCUCAGGCAGACUUUAAAGAAGCUCUAAAAGUAUUCCAUUUGGAAAUACCUGAAGGGGACUUUGAAUCUUUAUGGCUUAUUCUUGAUGAUAGCAAGAGUGAUAAGGUCGACUAUGGAGAGUUUACUCGUGCCGUAUUUGGAGAAAUGAAUGAAUAUCGGAAAGCAUUUGUAAGAAAAGCUUAUAUGAAACUAGAUUUCAACAAAACUGGGAGUGUGUCUAUGGUAGAUAUCAGAAAAUGUUAUUGUGCAAAGAAACAUCCUCUAGUAUUGGCAGGCAAAGCUACAGAAGAAGAAAUUAAAUUGUCAUUUCUAGAAACAUUAGGAGAGUCCUGCAGCAACCCCAAUGAAGUGUCCUAUUCUGAGUUCGAAGAUUACUAUGAAGGAUUAAGUAUUGGAAUUACGGAUGAUGAUGAUUUUAUGAAUAUCUUAAGGAAUCCUUGGGGAAUUUAGAGUGGAAGACAACAAAAAUGAAGAAGAGAGAUUUUCUAAACAAGGAGUGAGCUAAAUAAGGGAGGAUUUAGUUUUGAUGUGCAUUACUUCAUAAUUAGUGUCUUAAACUGAUUUCAGGGACUGAAAAUUUUAGAUGCUUUCAGAAUAAUAUGUGGCAAAUUUCUGUCUGUUGAGUUAUGCUGAACACUUUUUUAAUAUAAAUGCUGUUCAUUCCUUUUCAUUGGAAAUAAUAAAGGCUGUUCCCUGUACCAAAAGGCGUCAUUUACUUGAUAUUAGAAUAAAGUGGCCUAUUUGAAAAUAAGAGGGAAUUAGAAGCUAAAAUGCAUGAAGGAGUACAUGCAAGAGAAAAUUCAGUUUUAUAAUGCACUGUGAAAAGCUUUAGAUUUGACUGUGUAAAUAUCAAUGGUAGCUUUUCUU